AUGGCUAACACAAGACAGGUCUUCUACAAGACAGCCCACUCCUUCGCCCUCGUCAACCUCAAGCCUUUGCUCCCAGGCCACGUCCUCAUCUGCCCUCUCAAGCCUCACAAGCGCCUCACAGACCUCCCGCCAGCGGAAGUAACAGACCUCUUCACCACGACGCAGCUCGUGCAAAAAAUGCUCGCGCACCGCUAUUUCCCUUCCUCGUCAGGCACGCCGGCUGCCCCGGAGGCAGGCUCCUUCAACAUAGCCGUGCAGGACGGCGCGGACGCGGGCCAGACGGUUUCACAUGUUCACGUACACAUUAUCCCGCGCGUACCCGGCGAGACAGCGAAGGACGACUCAGGACCGAGGGAUGAGAUUUACGAGCAGAUGGCGAGCGAGGAGGGCAACAUCGGGGGUGCGCUGUGGGAUGCGGAAAUUGGGAAGAGACCCGAGCCCGGGGGCAAGUUUGCGAGAAUUGAGGAUGCGAUGAGGACGGCGAGAAGUAUGGAGGAGAUGGUUGCGGAGGCUGAAUUGUACCGGGGCUUGUUGAAGGAGAUGGAAGCUGCUGGUGAGAGGUAG